CCGGCUCGGUUUCGGCCCGCGGAGCGCUUGCCGCACGGCAGCGGCACUCCGUCCGCACGGCCGCCAUGUCUGCGCUGACGAAGGCCUCCGGCGCGCUCAAGUCGGUGGAUUACGAAGUGUUCGGACGAGUGCAAGGUGUUUGUUUCAGGAUGUACACAGAAGAGGAAGCUAGGAAAUUAGGAGUGGUUGGCUGGGUUAAAAACACCAGCCAAGGAACAGUGACGGGCCAAGUUCAGGGCCCAGAAGAUAAAGUAAAUGCAAUGAAAUCCUGGCUGAGUAAAGUUGGAAGCCCGAGUUCUCGCAUAGACAGAACAAACUUUUCUAAUGAAAAGGAGAUUCCCAAGCUUGAUUUCUCAGGAUUUAGUACUAGAUACUAAUAGACAAAACAUCACUGAGUGCAAAACAGUGAUGUUUCUACUGCAUGAUAUUUUCUGUGCCUCCUUAAAAAUUCACCAGAGCACUUGGAUGCUUUCUAUACUUGAGAUAAGUUGUUCCUGUUCACAUGAAGUAAGAACUCUUAGUUGCUGCAUUAGGUAUUUCACAACAUGAUUGUCAGUACUUAAUAUCUGAAAUGCCAAUAUCUAAUUUAUUGCAAACUGUAAGUCAGAUUAAUGGUUAAAUGUAUCAGUGAUUAUUUGUGUACAUGGAGAUUUGUUACAUACAAUCACAUGAAAUCUAAUCUUUACACUGUAAAUGAUUCAUAAGCCAUGAACUCAUGCUCUACUAUUUGUAAUCUCACAAAAAAAGCAUAGCUUACAGAACUGGAAUUCUUAGAUCUAUUCUAAUACCUCUGUAUUAUAGAUCAUGUUACCUGUGAUAGAACAGUAAUUAAAAAUAAAUGUACAUUGCUUCAAA